AUGGAGCGGAUAUAAGAAAUAUUGAAUUAAUAAGUCACUUGCGGCGGAACUACUGUUGAAGUAUUUGUAAACGUAGCCCCAGUCAACGAAUUCCCACCGGUGUUUAAUAACGGUCCAUACAACGUAACGCUACAGGAGUCUCUAACAGUUGGUUCUUUGGUAUUUGCACUGAAGUCAAAGGUUACUGACCGGGACGUUGUGGGUGCAGAGAACUAUAUCUUCGCUAUUGAAAAGUACAGUAUAAUUGACUAUGACGGUGCAAACUAUUUCCAAAUACAAGCAUCAUCGAAAGGAGACAUAACUCUGUCCAAGACACUCGACUUUGAUACCAUGGCGAGAAACAAACUUUUUCUCAACCUGAGUGUAUCCGAUGAGCAGCCACCUAGUCCUACCGCCAAGACAGCUUAUACCACCUUAAACAUAAGUGUAACAGAUGUCGAUGAUCAGCCUCCAUACUUUGAAUAUCCUGAUUGUCCUCCGCCUUGUCCAGCGCCACCAUUUUUAUCUAUUAUACGACUAGAUCACAAAGGUCCUUUGACUAUUACACCAGCCAUCCACGGGAACGACUCCGACACUCUCGGGACGCCUCUGGUGUAUUCAAUUAAAUCUGGUAACCAGCAUAAUCUGUUCAGAAUGGACCCUGCCACUGGCGCUGUGGAUCAAAGCAGAUCUGUGAGCGAAGCAAACCGUCCAGAUAAAGAGUUUAGACUAGUCCUUGAGGUAAGAAAAGAUCUACCGGAUAAAGAUCUGUCGUCAAUUGGCAUAUUGACAGUUAAGGUGUAUGAGCGGAUGACAAACACAUCUGGGGUAUCGCCACCACCGGUUGGGAGGUCCACAGAGGAAACAGGAUCUGACCUGUUGAUCCCUCUUAUUGUACUUGGCAUAUUGUUAGCUAUUGUCAUUGUUUUACUUAUCGUUGUAUUUGUCAUUUACCGUCGUAAGCAACGAGAAAUGACAAUCAGACCAGCAGACGAUAAAUCCGAGCCACAAACAGAAGAAGAAGAUCUUCACACUGAAGGUGAAGAUUAUACAGGACGAGCAGACUCAAACGAACGGCUUAUUUUCGGAAACAAGGCCACACUAGGAAUAAUGACAGAAGAGUUUCCGGACACUUCCGGUGUAAAGGCUCAUCAGUUACCUCCCUUGCCAAUGAGAGACUCGGCGACCGAAACGACAGAAGGGAAGAAGAAGAAAAAGUCAAGAAGACGAAAUAAGAACAAAGAAGUUGAAAUAUUUGACGGGACCCGAGAGUACAACAUGGGGGCUGACCCCGAGUUCUUUGACUCUACUGAUAAAUCCAAAGUGAAGCGAUCGCAGAGAAGCAAAAAGGUAGAAUCGUCUCUUCCAAUUCAAGUGCCAAACGACAAUAUCACGGAUACAGAGUCUGUACAUAUGUAGACUGUGAAACAUUUUGACAGAAUUUAGACGUAUGAACGUGUUUCUCUUUACAUGCAUUGACAAAAGAUCUGGUCACGCAUACAAGUGCUGAAGUCUUGCCUACUGGCUUAACUGUUAUUAUUUUUCCUCAAAACUUGGUAUAUUCCAUUGUUACAUUGAAUAAUUGAAAUACCGAUAAAUUAAAGUACUUAUUUUUCUACUAAAAAAGAUAAAAUCUAUAUCAAAGUAAACAUUAAUUUUUUGUAAUACUUUUAACUGGUAAUUCUCACGUUGACAAAUUAAUCAGUACUUAGCCUUUUUUAUGUUUUUUGUUUAAUAUCCAAGUACAGAUCUCUACCUGUCUUGAAAAAAGAUGUGCCGUGGCGAACGUAAUUUAAUUUGUUUAGAAAUGUGACAGUCUGUACCGGGUUAUUUUUAUUAUUUAUUUAUUUCAGAAGAUUAUGUUGUUUUAAUAACGUUGUAAUCAUGACCUUUUUAUCUGUGAUAUAUGUAUUAUAGAUUGUUUUCUUUCUGCAUUUCACUUUGAAUGGCCAUUAUUGUUUAAUUUUUGCUUGGAAUUGUAUAUUUUUAACGAUUUUUAUUGUUCCGAAGCACCUAGCAGUUUACUAGAAUGUCAUUCCUAAAGACUUGAACCAUUAAUAAGGUGAAUUUGUGUAAUAAAUUUCCCCUGCUUUGAAUAGUGUACGGUUUAUUCAAAGUUUGUGUGAUUUAAGAAUGAGUACAGAAGAAAAGAGUUUCUUACAGAAUAAAGUCUGGACAAUGCGGAUAAAAGUACAGACUGACUUUGAUCUAUACUGGUAGCAAAGGAUAAUAAAUUUCUUUCGGUUUCAGCAGGGUUAGAAUCUUAGUUAGUAACUGUUAUAAAAUAUUUCACACGAGCCUAGAAAUGUUAUUUUUUAUACUUUAAAGUAGAUAUAGAAAUUCUCAGAGUGAUUUGACGUAAUGUGAUUUAUUGACGUCACGUCAUUAUGACAUAAACAUUUAUGGUAGGAUUUAUUACACUUUUUAUUAAGGAAUAAUUUCUUUGUAAUAAAGAGGUUUUGAAACAGGUUUUAAAGCCGAGAACAUCCUUAUGUAUGUAGACCACAUGAUAAAUGAAUAGCGUGCUAGCAAUUUCAAAAUCCUGAUUUUAACUUUUUUUUUGAAAAUAAAUACAUUUUAGGAACGGGCAUUUUAGUUACUUUGUUUUACUUAUUUUUAUUGCUCUUAGAUGUAUUCUUGGUUUCUUUUUCUACAUACAAUAUUCUCAGGAGAACUUUGAAUUAUAGAACUAUCUAUACAUCAAAUGAUAAGCCAUAUUCAUAUCUCUUUCUUAUUAAGCUGAUAACUAGACUAAAUAAGGGUGCUACAUCGUUACUUAGAUAAAACUAAUUCAAGCAGAUGAGCUGCAUUUAAAGGUUGCAUCACUAAAAUUUAUAUAAUACCAAACUGCGCAAUAAACAAUCGAAAUGUACUGAAAUAAGGCACGGCAUAAACUCGUCGUGACAUUUAUUGCGUAAUUUUUAACUAACAUAGCUUACUGUUCGUUGUGUAAAUUGUCAACUACCGUGCUAGUUUAUAUAUCACAGUCAGUGCGAUACCUUUUUAUAUGUCACAGUCAGCGCGUGUAAAAUAGAGAAAAUAAAGAUCCCUAAAGAAAGUUUUAAACUAACGUAAGAAUCUUAUUGUUUCCCAUGUCUGUAUUAAGAUCACACUCAGGUAGUAAAUUUUCCUUCAAUUUAUAAAUCAGUUGUGUAACUAAAGUAUAUAUAUUUCAGGAAGUUGUGUAAAUUGUUAUUCAAGUAUUUCAUUACAAUUUAGCUUUUUGUAGCAAUGCUAUAAUUAUGAAAAUAACAAUGUAUCAAGUUCAUUCUUAAAUAUAUGUAUACGGUACCGUCUAUGAUAUCAAAAGUUGGAUUGUUAAUGAAAUCUGUGAUGCCAUAAACAAUUGUUUGCUGUUGUUUUUUAUGUACAUUUUGUUUUAUUUCUUUCAAUCAAACGUUUUUAAGCUAGUCAGCUAUAGGUAAAUGUAAAUAGGAAUUUCUUUAUUUUCAAUAAAACAAAAUAAAAACGU